GGACUAAGAACGUAAUGAAACGGACGGAUUUUGUCGCAGUUGUGGUGGAUUAAGCUGGGAAAGUUUACCGCUCUGUGUCCACCAGAGGGCCUUAAUUCAGCUAGGAGAGUUAGACGGUGCCCUUUUAAGGCCUGGAGACUUUUAUUUCUGUCUUCGACAGACGUUCGCUUCUACAUCGAAUUCUACUAUUUUGGCAGUUGUAUGUGUUUAUAAGACAUAUCACGGUGUUAAAGAACGUGUAGCACAUGAGAGUGAACUUGAAAAUAUUUUUACCAUGAACUGGGUUCAUAAUUCGUUAAUACGAACUUCUCCUACAUCGUCAGCUAAAGACCCUCAUGAAGAUUUACCUCAUCUACUACAGAGCCUCCUGGUGACAGUUGAACGAGGUAUCGAAAGGAUCGAGUGGCAAAGCGUAACGAAAACCUGGUCCUGCUGCCACACACGCUUAUCACAGCUUACUUCUUCAUUCGACUCGUCUUGUUACCAUGGAAACGAGACCAGAGGUACGAAGGAGAAUUCGGAUUCUGAACGCCAUCUGCAGAUUCGUGUUGUAGAUUGUGCAACGAGUGACGUGGAUUGCGAAAAUGACGUCACAGGGACAGGUGAAAGUCAACAUUUUCAAACGGAUUUUCAGCAUGGUUCAGAAAACAUUGUGUCGCCCGCGGCGCCGUUGUUCACUCGUCGGAAAGAAAAGUCCGUCGAUGGUUACCAUGACAACGUUCUACCCCAACCCGUAAAAUCCGACGACGAUUACCAUGACAAAAUACUACCCCUAACAACAAAAUCUGACGAUGGUAACCAUGAAAAAACAUUAUCUCAAAUAACAAAAUCUGACGACAGUUGCCAUGACAACACAUUAUACCAACCGACGAGUAUCAACGAAGUUGAUGUGAAGUUGCUGGAUUCCGAAAUCGCCAUUCUUCCCGGAUCUCGUGACGUCACCGGCAGAAGUGUUGUCGUCAUCGACUUAUCUAGAUGGCAGAGGCAUUCUGAAAUCACGGCGUCACAGGUGGCGCUGUUGUUGAUGUAUUUUCAUACUAUCCCUAAGAAUGAAGUGGCAUGCCGAGGGUUUUUAGUAGUAGUAGACUGUCGAAAAGCUAGUGACGUUUACCUGACACUGCUGGACCAAGCUUUAUGUUAUGUACAGGUACCUUUGAAUAAUUGUAUCAACACGGUGUUGAUUUGGACCGAGGAAACAGAAGUGGGUCGUUUAUACUUCCCUAACAGUAAAGUUAAGCACACGUUGAUAACUAGCGAAGAAACGCUAAACAAAUUUAUCAAGAAAGAACAGCUGCCUACACAGAUUAGUGGUAGUUAUUUUUAUGACCACCAGGAGUGGGUGAAUUUCAGAAAGUGCGUUGAGCCUUUUAUCAAUGGUUGUCGUAUCUGUGGACGUCACCUCGUUAGUAUUAUGCAAGAACUGCGGAUCAGUCGUCUGCCAUCAUCGGCGGCUUCAGCAAAUCAUUUGAUCGAACAGCACAAACGGGUUAUUGGCAAGACUUUUCAAGAUGUACAGAUGCGCCAUCUAGAAGAAGAAGGAGAUACUAUUUUGAAAAAAAUCGAUUAUUUCAGUAAGAACGCGCCUCAUAAUGCAGACUACAGGGACAGCAUAGACAGAGGGACUGCCCUCUACAGUGAACUGCGACGUGUAGCCAGGAAAUUAGCCAACUUACAGGAGAAACGUCUGAAGAAGCUGGAGACCUAUCUUCAUCUCAAAACAUUUGAAGAAGAGUCUGAACAGAUUGUGGGAUGGCUCUGUCGAGAUGGACUAGAAGAAUUAGACAUAUACAAGAAAAUGACUGACUCACUGGACGCAGUGAAAGAGCAAGAAAGGAAAUUCGAGAAGUUUUACUUCCAGGCUAUGCGUCAAAUUGAAAAGGGUAACGACUUAAUGGAAGAAGCUUCCACGUUGGAAUCGCCAUCAGCGGCCCCUAUUGGUGGAAACCGUGAGAUACAAGCUCUGACGUCUUCUCUGACGGAACAUCUUCACGAAUUUACGGACCGUCUUGAAGACACGCGAGAAAGGCUGGAGGACAGUGCCAAAUGUUUCGGUCUUCUAGAUAGGGCCUACGAAUGGGCAGUUGGGACCAUGAAGUUCGUGUCUAGUCUUAAGACUGACAAAACAACAAAUCCUAAAGAACUUAUACAUUUAACCAAAACUCUUCAAGAUUAUGUAGACAAUAACCCGCCAAUCAGAGAGGAGACAUUCCAAGAGAUGAUAGACUUGGCUACAAGACUGGAAAAUGAAAACUUGCUUGAUCAGUGUAAGACAGCUCAAACUCGCUGCCAAGACACCAUUGAUUUGAUCAAAACGAGGCAAGCCACAUUAAUUAGAGCGAAACAGCAAAUGGAAUUAGAAUCCUUACAAUGGAGUUCUCAUCUGCCUGUUGGAUCUCGAGCCUCCCAUGCCGGUACAGUCCAUUCCCAGUAUUCCUCGAUUUCACAGCGUACCAGUACCCCCAUAAAAGGAAACCCUGGCUUCUCCCGUCGAAGGUCGAUUUCCAACACUUCUUCCAACUAUAGUUUUCCCGUGGGAUCUUACACUUCUUUUCCUAGCAACCAUCCUUCUGGAUCAGCAGCCAUGGAUAGUUUUCUGUUGGAUCAUUACAUGGAAGAGAAGGAGGAACAGCUAAUUAGCCAAGGCCUCAUAACGGAAGACCUUACCACUCAGGGUCCAGUUGCAACCAUUUCUCGGAGCAAGCUUGAAGCUAGGGCGAGCAACUCCAAUCAGAAAGAAGCUCCUCCUGGUGGAGUGAUAAAGAGUCAUAGUGGAGGAAGCCUUAUUGGACUGAAGGAUAAAAUAAUAGGUGGCAUUGUGGCUGGAGCUGUCUCUAUUCAGAAUUCAGCCAAAGAUGGGCAUUUUUAUCACCGACCAAUCAGAAAGCUGAUGCGUCACAGUCACACCUGGCAACCUUGUGAAGCAAACACCUGGCAUUCUACCUCGGAUAGCCAAACUCCCGUUAGCCCAAACCUCCAGCAGGUAGUCUGCGAGAAUGAGAAGAAGGACGAGAGGAAAGAAGCUGUAGAGAACACUGAAUCCCCAGAUGUCAAGAGGUUUCCACACCCUUGUGAUGGCCCUGUUCCUGUUAACAGUCACUUGACAAAAACACUCAGUUUUCGAUCAACUCAAAGGGGUGGUCGAGGAAAAGAGAAACAACCAAAAAUUUCAAAACUUUUUCCACCAGACACAUUCAAUUGUAACUACAUCUCCGAGCUUCUCCGGGAAGACAUACCGCAAGCUUUGAGGGGUCAAAGAAAUGUUAUUUUUGGCAAUAUAGAAAAAAUCUUUGAAUUUCACAAACACUACUUUCUUAGUGAACUAGAACAAUGUGACCAAUGUCCAUUUCUUGUUGGCCAGUGUUUUCUCAAAUAUGAGACACAGUUUUACUUGUAUGCUUUGUAUAAUAAAAAUAAACCAAAAUCAGACUCGUUGAUGGUGGAAUACGGCAACUCUUUCUUCAAGAAGAAACAGCUGGAGUUGGGUGACAAAAUGGAUUUAUCCUCUUACCUGCUUAAACCUGUACAAAGAAUGGGGAAGUAUGCCCUUCUGUUAAAACAACUACUAAAGGAAUGUCCGGAGAAGAACUCUGAGUACCAGGACUUGAAGGCAGCGGAAGAGAUGGUUCGUUUUCAGCUAUGUCAUGGGAAUGAUCUGCUCGCCAUGGAUAGUUUAAGAGACUGUGAUGUGAAUCUGAAGGAGCAAGGACGGCUUCUGCGUCAGGGUGAAUUCAUAGUCUGGCAAGGGCGAUCUCGCAAGUCAUUACGCCAUGUUUUUCUCUUUGAGGACCUUAUUCUUUUCAGUAAAGCUCGAAAAGAUUUCAGUCAAAACAGUCAUGACAUUUACCAGUACAAACACAGCAUAAAAACAUCUGACAUUGGAAUGACGGAAUGCGUAGGUGAGAGCCUUAACAAGUUUGAAAUCUGGUUCCGUAAAAGAAAACUAAAUGAUAUAUACAUACUUCAGGCACCAAACUCUGAUGUGAAAGCUGAGUGGGUUCAGGAAAUCUCCAAGCUUUUGUGGAGACAGGCAUUAAGAAACAGAGAAAUGCAGUUGGCAGAAAUGUCGUCCAUGGGGAUUGGUAACAAACCAUGCUUAGACAUCAAACCUAGCGAGGACCAAAUUCAUGAUCGCUUAGUCGCAAUCCAGCAAAACCAUAGAGUCCCACGCUUUAGGAGUUCAAUUGCCGUAUCACCCAGUGAUCAACUACGAAACAACAAAAGACCUCACUCCAUUAUUUCCGUGAGUAGCACCUCAUCGUCGGGAAGCAGUCAUUCUUCGUAUACUGGUUACGGAGCCUCAAACUUUGGGUUUGAACUGCAGAGCUCUGUCGAAGAAGAGUCUCAGUAUUCUGCAGAAAGUGGUAUUGGUACGGAUAUUAGUAUGUCGUCAGGUGACUGUUCGCUGAACAGGUCCCGCCACAAGAAGCCAGAACGUAGUGACAGCAUUCUGUCUAAUGAUUCUAUAAUCACAAAUUCAUCAACUCCAGGAAAUUAUUUCUUCGAGGAGCAGCUAUUGGAAGAGCCUGAAGAAACCACUGCUAUAUGAUCCAGAGAGCCUCAUAUAUAUCCUAGUCAGCUGAGACGUUUGUUGGAUCCAAGAAAGGAAUAAUCAAAUUUGUGCCAAAAGGUUGACAAAACUAAUAAAUCCGUAUCAGGCAAUGUUUAAAGGUUCUAUGUGUAACUCAAGGCUGUAGAUUAACUUUCAUAUAUUGUUGUAUUUGUGGUGUAAUAAACAAGUAAAGUUGUAAAGUUAUUGAACUGUAUCAGUUAUGGUGCCUUAAAUAUAGGUAAUUCAUAACAUAGGAUAUGCAGCAAUACUUAAUUUUUUUUUUUUAAAUUUAUGUGUAAUUUUCUCUUGUAAAGUGUGUUUAAUAUUUUGUACAGAUUUUUGGUUUUGUAACUGAUAAACGUACAUUAUUAUAAAAAUAUCAAUUUUAAUAUUUUAUAUUUAAGAUCAUUAGCGUAGAUAAAAUGAUUUCAUGUACACUACAGCAUGUUUGUAGAAACAAAAAAAAAAUUGUGACAAGUUGUCUUUUUAUGUAGUUUUUAUUUUGUACUUUGUGUUUAAUUAUUGAUAAAAUUAUCUACAGUACGGUAAUGGGGUGAACUAAGACAUUCUUUUCGGUAUAUUGACUCAAGGAAAAGAAGGAUUAAUGAUUAAAGCUUAAAUAAGUUCUAAAUUGUUUUUUUUUUUACUAAUAUUGUUUCUCAUGACUUGAUGGUUCCAGGGAGAAGUUAACAGAGACACUUAAGAAGAAACGAAACUUCAUAUAAUGAAACUGUUAAGUACUUCGUUGUGUAUUAAUAACUAUUACAUAUAUGUUCUACUGAAAAGAUAAAAAAUGAUACUAACCCUAACAUCUUUAAACUAACAAGUAAACCGUAGGUUGUAAAAAAUAUAUUCUUAAGCCUUACGAAGAGCUUAUACUGUACAAUAACACGUAGAAACAGUUUAACGGUUAUAAGAAUAACACUACACAUUCUACUUGCAUAAUUAGGCCUAAACUUGCAGUGUACUGACACAGUGAUAGUGUUUAGCAGUUCGGGAAGUACGUCCAAAUGAAAAUUAUAACGUUUUGGAGUAAAAAUUUAGGUCCUACGCUACAGCUUGUUUAUUUACUUGGACUUUGAAGUAACGAAUAAAAAAAAUCACAGAAAUAUAAGGUUGUUUACUGUGAAUUAUUUAUGUACAUAAGUCUGUAUAAUGACGUUGGACAGUUUUUAAAGCCAGUGAUGAUUUUGUACUAUAAGCAUCAAUACUCUUGAUUGUACCCCUAGCGACACCUAUUAAGACAUUGGGGAAUUGUUCGUAAUGUUAAAUAAAAAAGUAUGUUAUUACUAAAA